ACGUGGGGGGAAACGGAAGGAAGCGAGGAGGCGAGAACGUGUUAUAUACGUGUUGGACGAUGAUUUCGUUUCGAGAGGAAGAUCGCUCGAACGUUAUCGAUUGAUCGCGGUUGGGAGAGAGAAAGAGGAGAAGAAGCGCAGAAAACGCGGAGAAAAAAGGAAUUGCUCGUAAGGAUGAGGAAUCGAACAGCGGUGGUCGUCUCCUUCGUCUCGGCCUUCGUCUCGAUAUUUUGCGAUCGGGCGGCGGCCUACAACGUUCUGAUGGCCACCAUGGGUGGGACCAAGUCUCACACCAUACCUUUCGUCGCGUUGGGCAUCAGUUUGAAAACGCGCGGACACAACGUCACCCUUUUAAGCGCGUUUCCGGGACCGGCUGCGAGCAAUGGCCUCCAGGAGUUCGUCCCUCCCAUUUUCCAGGCUUACGUCGGCAACUACACGUCCGAAUGGGAUCUGGUUGGCGCGAGGUUCCGGGACGAGAUGCCGAUCUCGCCGUGGGACGCGAUGCGAUAUGCAUGGGAGUCUUGCGAGGCGUUUCUUCGCGACGAAAUAUCGGUGGGCUGGGUGAGAAGGGGUGAGGCCGAUCCUCGAAAACGGUGGGACGUUGCCGUGGUGGACGGGGCCUUCCCCGAGUGCCUUCUGGGUGUUCUUCACGGCGAGGACGUGCCGACCAUCAUGCUCAACACGGUGGCCUUGUACAGCGGGUCGAUAAGCCGGCAGGGGAACCCGUCGCCGUGGUCCGUCACGCCUUACUUCGGCAAAUCCUUGACGCAGGACAUGAGCUUGGCUCAAAGGAUCGUGAACGCCGCCUGCCUCGUCACUUUGAGGAUAAUGCAUUGGAUCAUGAUCACCGGAUAUCUUCAACCGGUUCUGAGAAAGUAUCUAGUGAUUUCGGACUAUCGGCAUGCCGAGUAA